GACUAAGAGAAAUCUAAUGCGAAAGGAAGAUGCUUUUUCAUUUGAGGAACUUCUUCAGUAUUACAAAUUUAUCAAAGAACAGCAAGCAUCUGGUGCGACAUUUUUGGUGUGGGCAACCAGCUCAAAUGAAUGUUCGCCUGAAAGGCCGUGACCUCCUCACUCUACAGAAUUACACAGCAGAUGAACUCAAGUAUUUGCUAUGGAUGGCCUCAGAUUUGAAACAAAGAAUAAAGCGCAAAGGAGAGUAUUUGCCUUUGAUGCAAGGAAAAUCUUUAGCCAUGAUUUUUGAGAAGAGAAGCACAAGAACAAGAUUAUCCACAGAAACAGGAUUUGCUCUCCUUGGAGGACAUUCUUGCUUCCUUACAACACAGGAUAUACACCUGGGCUCUAAUGAGAGUCUCACAGACACAGCAAGGGUGCUGUCCAGCAUGACAAAUGCAAUCCUGGCUCGAGUUUAUAAGCAUACCGAUCUGGACCUAUUGACAAAAGAAGCUACAAUCCCAAUAAUCAAUGGGUUGUCUGACUCAUACCAUCCUCUCCAGAUUCUGGCUGAUUACCUUACUCUUCAGGAGCACUAUGGUGGUCUGAACGGGCUCACAGUCACCUGGAUCGGGGAUGGAAACAAUGUCCUCAACUCCAUCAUGAUGAGUGCUGCAAAGCUGGGAAUGCAUCUCCAUAUCGCAACUCCCAAAGGCUUUGAACCAGACAUCAGAAUAACUAAAAUAACUGAACAGUACUCCAAAGAGUAUGGUACCAGGUUACUUCUCACAACAGAUCCUUUGGAAGCUGCAGAUGGUGCCAAUGUCUUAGUUACAGAUACAUGGAUAAGCAUGGGACAAGAAGAAGAAAAGAAAGAAAGACUAAAGGCAUUUCAAGGUUAUCAGGUUACAAUGCAGACUGCAAAAUCUGCUGCUUCCAACUGGACAUUUUUACACUGCUUACCCAGAAAACCAGAAGAAGUUGAUGAUGACGUAUUUUAUUCUCCACAAUCAUUGGUUUUCCAGGAGGCUGAAAACAGAAAAUGGACAAUUAUGGCUGUCCUGGUUUCCCUGCUGACAGAUUACUCACCACAGCUACAAAAGCCUACAUUUUGAUGCUUGGAAUCCUGCCAAGAGAAAAUAUUCCUCGUCGGCAGAAUAUUCUUGUCCACAAAUACAUAGAUCUUCUUCAGAAAAGAUCAAGGCAAUGAAUGAUUCCUUAAUAAAACUGUGUGGUUGCCUCCAUGGAACUGUACAAUAUUGCAUUAUAUUUGUGAAAAUUUUUGAGACAAUAAACACCAUUGCAAAAGCUGCUUUUUAUCUAGAUGCUCUAAGUUAUAUAUAGUUUCUAGCAAUCAGCAUCUCUGAAAGUUUUUCAAGGUUAUACUUUAAUGAUUCACUCUACAAGUAUCAUCGACAUAUCAUAGUCUAAGAUAGCUGUGUUAGCACUAAUGUAGAGUAACAUGACAAACUUAGACCUCUCCCUAAACCCAUCUGCUUAAUUGCUGAUCCUGGGCAGUGUGUACAGGGAACCAAUGCUUUCCUGUUUGUCUUGAGUUCCCAUGGCUGUCCUCCAGCCCUCUACAAAACCCCCCUUCUGUUUGACACUGAAAAUGUAGGGCUCUUGUCAGCAUUAUCAUCCUCAGUGCUGUUCCUGUGGGCUGGCACUGGAGGAUGUUGCUGCAGUGCUGGAAUAAAGCAGCUUCUGCAGAGCUGGAUGCGGCAGAGAGAGACGACUGGGAGGAAUCGAUUCGUUCUUCGCCCAUCUCCCUCUGACCUUCACUCCCUAAAAAGAAUCUUGGCUAAAGAAGCAAGUUUUCUAUUUCUAUUUCUCUAAGCAAACAUGAGGGACAUCAUGUAAGAGGACGGGAUACAGCUCCUUUAUAGAAGGAAUUUGCUGCAUUGCAUCCACCACUAUAAUAUUGCGCACAUUUCAGCUAAUCCUCUGAGUAGUAAACAGGUUCAUGACAACUGUAGUGUUAAUGAUGGCUGGAUGUGUGUGCUCAGUAUUUUAGGUAAAACUUUGUAUACUGUUUAAAAAACACCUCUUUGUUGUUGUUAAUUAGUUUCAAGAAUGUGUUGAUUCUUUUUCACUGUAAUACUUGAACAAUAUUUGUGACUUUUUAAAAUACUGUAAAUUGUUUUCCCUUUUCUGACCAGCUGCAAAACAUUAUUUAAUUCAUGUCAAAAUUGGAAUUCACUGCUGGGCCACACAUGUCACUGAAACAAAAAUAAAAAAGCAUUUG